AUAUAAAACAACUCAGUAAAGUUCAGACUGAACCAAGAUGAACACAGUCGUUGUCUUCUCUGUUUUAAUCGCUGUUGUUUUAUCUAGCUCAGCACCGCAAAAUAAUAAUGAGACAGACGACGUGGUGGACCAUAUUUUGGACGCAAUAGACGCUGUGGUAGGUCCUGAACUCGAAGUAGAAGAAUCGAAUAUAAUCUACUGGUUCUUCAGCAAAGAAAACCCCUCAAAUGGCAUCCCAGUCAACAGAGAAUCCAUAUCACAUUUGCAUGACACGUCCUUCAACACAUCAAGAGACACAAUCUUCAUUGUCCAUGGUUGGAGGAACACCAACAGUUCAGCCUUCAUCACUACAGUGAGAGAAGCCAUCGUGGCUAACUUAGACGUCAAUAUCUUCGUCGUUGAUUGGAGUGAUAUAGCAGCACAAAGCUACAUACCAGCUAGAACUUCAGUUCCAGACGUUGGAAAGUUUUUAGCACACUUCAUCGAUACUUUGGUAUCCGACUACAACCUGUCUUUGUCUCGCACCACUUUGGUUGGGCAUUCCCUUGGUGCCCAAGUUGUUGGCAUCGCUGGUGCCGCACUCAAUGGAAACGUGGCGGUUAUAGUCGGCUUGGAUCCAGCUCUGCCUUUGUUUGCGACUUCUGGUGUGGAAGACCGUCUAGAUCCUACUGAUGCGAAAUUCGUUCAAGUCAUUCAUACCAAUGGGGGUCUCAAGGGAUUCUUGUCUCCUAUAGGGGAUUCCGAUUAUUAUCCCAACGGUGGCAUGAGACAACCCGGCUGUGGUCUUGAUAUUGAUGGAAGUUGUGCCCAUGCACGGGCCUAUGAAUACUAUGCAGAAUCCUUGGAGGGCAGUGGGUUCGUCGGUGUGUCUUGUGGAAGUUAUUUGAGGUAUUCUGAUGGGGAUUGUGGGUCGGACAACACUUCUAUGUUGGGAACAAGCGAGAUCGAUACAAGUGCAUCGGGACGGUAUUAUCUGGAUACAAACAGUGGAUCACCUUAUGCCCAAGGUUAAAGUUAAUCUUCUGUAAUUUUUGUAAUUAAUAUAAGUGAAUACAAUUGCGAAAUCUGAUACUUUGUUCUGAUUACUUCUAAGUACAAAGAGAACAUUUCCAUUUUUAGAAAUAUUUUCAUAAAAUAUUUAACAAUUCUUAUUAUAAACGAUUUCGUUCAAAUAAAAGUAGAAAAUAUUGCAUUUCCGAUUACGCGGUUUUUGGAAAUUUGCGCAUUAAAACCAGCAACUGGAAAGACAAACGAGCAAUCGAUUCCAGGAUUCGAUAAACGUAAACAAUUCCAGCAAUACAGAACUGACAAUUAAAAUUAUUCCGAAUUAUAUAGUUAACAACUGUAGUUUAUUGUUUGAAGACUUGGACUGUAAAUUUACUACUUCUCAAGAUUUUUUUGCAAACAUCAAGGAUUUCUACUUUUAAUUAUUAUUAAAUAAUUU